GUCUCGCUUCCGUUAUGAUUGAAAAGUUGUUCCUUACUUUGGCUACGCUCGCGCUUCUUCACGGUAUGAACAUCCUUUCUGAAAUCUCACACUACUCAAGUUGCUCCAUAGCUGCAUAUUCCACGUACGAACAUUUGUCACUUUUGAAGGCUUUGGGAAAGCCCGAAGGAUCAUUACCUCUAGAUAUCGUGUAUGAGAGCAUUCUUGCGCUCAUUCUUGGGCUGCUUGGAGCAUCCUUGAAUGCUCCACCAUUGAAGGAUAUCACUUGGGCAAGUGAAAUGAAGAAACGGACAAUUGACGGAAUGGAUUCACGACUGGGAUUCGCACACUACAAGUCUCGCGGAAAGUUUUUGUUUGCGAGUCCACACGAUGGUAAAAUAUGAAGUGUUGCCGAUAAAUUGUUCAUCAUAUGCAUGCCAAAUGUUGCGCGGGUAUAUAACAUAACACUGCACAACGUUGUAACUAGCCUCAGUCGUCAUCAUCCCCGCCAGAUUUCUUCUUGGUUUUCCGUUUUUCUUUUCGGGCUUUCCUUUGAUCCUCCUUUUCGGCAGCAGCAUCCAUCGCAAGAAAAUCGCGGAUCGAGGGUAAUGCGGAUGACUCUAAUGGUUUGAGACGCAAAGGUUCCUCUUCCUCUUCAUCCACUUGAGGUAUAUGGUUUGAUGAAGGCAACUGAGGUGCAGCGCUCUCAGUGGAUGCUAGUGGUUGUAUUGAUCCUUCGUCAUUGUGUUCGUCUCCAAACCAUCCUUUAGAAUGAGCAGGUUCGAAUGAAGGAUGUAAAUCAUUGAUACGAUGCUUCGAUUCGGUGUUGUCGGCAU